CCAGGUCGACGUUUCGGCACGCAUAUAGCCACUCUUCGGAUUGAACCCUUCCACCUGCUUUCCUGUCCACUCUCUCGCAUACCACCAUGUCCUCGUUCGCCCAGAAGCUCUCAAACAUCGCCGGCACGUCUGCCAAAGCCCGUGUCACUGCCCCAAACGACAACGACGUGGUCAUCGUCGCCGCUGUACGCUCUGCAUUGACAAAGGGUAAACGCGGCGGCUUCAAGGACACUCGGCCAGAAGAGAUCCUGUGCGAAGUCUUGCGUGCGGUGUAUCGCAAGGCCGGCGUUGAUCCCGCACUCAUUGAGGAUGUCGCCGUCGGAAACGUGCUCCCGCCUGGCGGGGGAGCAGGUGCGGCACGCAUGGCCGCCCUCGCCGCUGGUAUCCCAAACACGGCUGCGGUGAAUACUGUAAACCGCCAGUGCUCGUCUGGCCUGACAGCACUGACGCAAGUUGCGAACGAGAUUGCCGUGGGACAGAUUGACAUAGGUAUCGGCGCUGGUGUUGAAUCUAUGACCUUCGGUUACGGUGCGCGCGCUCAGGCCGACGAGUACUCCGAGAAGGUCCUCGCCUGCCAAGAAGCCGAGGACUGUCUUAUUCCCAUGGGCAUCACUUCCGAGAAUGUCGCCGCAGAUUUUGGCAUCACGCGCCUGCAGCAGGACGAGUUUGCCGCUGCAUCUUACCAGAAGGCAGCGGCUGCGCAGAAGGCGGGCAAGUUCAAGGACGAGAUCGUGCCUAUCAGAGUCAAAUGGAUCGACUCCAAGACGGAGAAAGAGACCGAGAUCGUUGUCGACCAGGACGACGGCGUUCGCGACGGUGUCACUGCGCAGAGCUUGUCGAAGCUGAAGCCCGCGUUCAAAGAAGGAGGCUCGACGCAUGCGGGUAACGCAUCACAAGUCUCAGAUGGUGCCGCCGCUGUCUUGCUCGCCCGUCGCUCUGUCGCGAAACGUCUGGGCCUACCCAUCGUCGGCAAGUACGUCACCAGCGCAGUCGUUGGCGUACCGCCGCGCGUCAUGGGCAUUGGCCCUGCGUUCGCAAUUCCUAGGGUGCUCGAGAAAACCGGUCUCUCGAAGGAAGACGUUGAUUUCUAUGAAAUCAACGAAGCGUUCGCCAGUCAAGCCGUCUACUCAAUUCUCAAAAUUGGUAUCCCAUUCGAGAAAGUUAACGUCAACGGUGGUGCGAUCGCUAUUGGGCACCCGCUUGGAUGCACCGGGGCACGCCAGGUUGCAACGGGCCUCAACAUUGCGAAGCAGACAGGUAGCAAGGUGUUUGUUACGAGCAUGUGUAUCGGCUCUGGCAUGGGAAUGGCUGCUGUCUUUGUCAACGAGCAGUGACCAACUCCUACACAUCUGCGCCGCUGACAGCUGCUGGCGAGUGUAGUAAGUCAGUGCUGUAGCUGGAUUAUUUUGGUUGUAAGAUGUACCAGAUGACUUCAGUUUAUCUCAUAUUACCUGGGAGUUGUUGUACACUCGAGGGCGUCCGUGCGUUUGGCAGUCCUGACCAGGGCGAGGGAGAAGCUUAAAAUGUGUAUGAACCCUCCGAGCCUCGUGCUCAUGAAAGACUGACUAUACAGCUGAGC